CCAGCUCUUGCCUGAGAUCUCCCCUGCAGCUGCUCGAUUGCUUGUGGCUGCUGCUGGCGGUGUGGGCAGUGCAAACACCCAAAUCUCCUCCCCAGUGCACCAUGUCGGCCCUGAAGAGAGCAACCUCCAAGAAGGCGGAAGAGAAAAACAGCGGCGGCCUGUUAAAGGAUCCAGGCCGCCUGAGUGUGAGAAAGAACAAGUCCAAGCAAGCGACUUGGUGGAAGUGGUUAAUAAUCCUGACAUCUACCACGUUUACUGCUUUUUGUGUGGUUUUGCUUUGGGAUUAUCUGCACGAGGAUGAUUUUAAAGAAGUGCUUGCACGCCAGGCUGAUGUUUUGGAUAGAAUAUUUUUUGAGAUACCAUGCUCCAAAGAUUAUGAAAACUACAAGCGAUUUGCAGCUUGUACUCCGACAAAAUGUGGGAGGGCAGUGACGGAUACAGUGGUAAAUCGAGAAGAGGCAGAGAAGAUGUUACGUAUAGCAAAGAAAGGGCUAUCCUUGGGAGGAUCAGAUGGUGGGGCCUCCAUUCUAGAUUUGCACUCUGGAGCACUAUCAAUGGGGAAACAAUUUGUUAAUAUCUAUAGGUACUUUGGAGAGCAAAUAAAGGAUAUAUUUGAUAAAGAAGACUUUGCACUCUACAGUGAUGUGCGAGGGCGUAUUCAGCAAGUGAUAGCUGAAUCAUUCGGGAUUAAUCCAACUCGUCUGCACCUCACGAAGCCCACCUUUUUCUCAAGGAUGAACAAUACUGAAGCCAAGACAAUGCAUGAUGAGUAUUGGCAUCCUCACAUUGAUAAGGUGACAUAUGGAUCAUUUGACUACACUUCACUACUGUACCUCUCUGACUACAGGACUGACUUUGGUGGUGGACGAUUUGUGUUCGUUGAUGAACUUGCCAACCGAACUGUGGAGCCUCGGCUAGGUCGCGUUUCUUUCUUCACAUCUGGUUCAGAAAAUCUUCAUUACGUGGAGAAGGUAGAGUGGGGUACAAGAUAUGCCAUCACAGUGUCAUUCAGCUGUGACCCUGCCCAUGCCAUUGAAGAUCCUUCUCUAUCAUAGACUGAUUGGGGCCGUGAAGGACAACGCCUAGAAAUAAACUGCCAAAAACAAAAACAAGUAAAUCAGUUAUGCGCUCAAAAACAUCGAUUUUUAAGUUAGAUUGAAAAUCAAAUAUGGAGGAAGUACUACACUAUUGAAAAUUGGCAUGGAUCCAUGGUCAUAGAGCUUUAACUGUGUUCCUGAACUAGUUUCUAUUUAAAGGUGUUUUUUUAUUAAUGUUAUAAUGCUGAGUGUCACUGUCAAAUUAUGUAAACACCAAAUGUCUUUCUGCAAUUAUGAUAUGACAGCGAAACAUGACAUUUAACAUUGCUGUUCAAUUGAUAUUCAUGAGUUUGUUGAAAGUGUUAACAGGCUAAGUAUUAUCUGGUAGUCUAUUGCUGUUGGAACCACAUUUUGGACUUCUGUUAAGCUAUUUUAAUUCUUUAAUCAGAGUAUCAGGUAUUUGCUUUUUCAACUUAAGUGUGGUCACCUUUCAGAUGUUUAUUCAUUAAAAAUGACAUCAGGUUGUCAUUCCAAAUCUAUUGUGAAGCCUUCAGGUCAGGAUCAGUUCCUGCAACAAGUGCCAUAUUUGACCUCUGUCAGUGUUUGUGCCAGAGUAGAUUUGCUGAAUGAGUCUGAGAGAAUAAUUAAUGAGUGUUUAGUGUCUAAUGUUUGGCGCUCUACUUAAUUAAUUCAAGUUUUCCUAUGUGAAACAAACCCAUGUUAAAUAAAUCUUUUCAAACAA